AAUAUGUUCACAAUUGUUAGAACCAAUAGAAAACAACAUUAAACCGUUCAUCUCAGUAGAGGGCGGUAGAAAGCAUCAUCUUGUUUACAAAGCACCAUCCGCAAAGUGAAAGCGAGAAGAAGAAAAAGGAGCAGAGGAGCAUGGCUGUGGACAUGAGAUUACCAACUGUUCGAAAAACAGUGUCAUUAUCAGUGUCUUUUGAUCGAAAAGAUCUCGUCGUGCCCGGCGAUGUGAUCACUUCGGACACGGGUUCUCUUAGGGGUCAUGGUACCUACGUUGAUGAAGAGAAGCUUACUGCCUCAGUUGGAGAAGUGCAGAGAGUUGACAAGUUAAUCUGUGUCAGACCUCUAAAACCCAGAUUCAAUGGUGAGGUUGGAGAUGUCGUAGUAGGACGAAUCACAGAGGUACAACAGAAACGUUGGAUGGAGACAAACUCUCGGCUGGAUUCUGUUCUCCUGUUGUCUUCAGUCAACCUGCCUGGAGGAGAACUGGUGUACCGAUCGGCAGAAGAUGAGCUCACCAUGAGAGAAUACCUUCAGGAGGGUGAUUUGAUCAGUAAGGACCGUCUGUGUUUCUCAGACGGAGCCCUAUCGCGUCAUACCCGAAGUUUAAAGUAUGGAAAAUUGGGUCAGGGGGUGGUGGUACAACUUUCGCCUUCACUGAUCAAGAGGCAAAGCACAUUCCACAACCUGCCUUGUGGGCAUCCAUCAUCCUUGGCCAAUAAUGGCUUUGUGUGGCUCUACCCCACACCAGGACAACAGGAGAAGCUGGGGCUUUACACUAGUCUAGACAAGCAAACACCUGUCAGCCUGUCAGAUCGGGAGGUGAUUUCACGGUUGAGAAACUGUCUCCUGGCUUUGGCUGCACACAAGGUUCUGCAUGACACCAGUGUUCUUUACUGCUAUGAAUCUUCACUUCAACAUCAGGUGAAAGACAUCUUGAAACCAGAAGUGAUGGAGGAGAUUGUAAUGUUGACACAACAGAAGCUGUUGGAACAGGAGGGUUAAACAACCCAAAUCCAAUGGUGACCUGAAACUAAAGGUGGCAUUUUUAUGUGCAAGAGAACAUCAGUCAUGGAACAACAACUAGACUGAGCUCUCGGAGCCUAAUGUUCAGCUAAACCGUUUUCCAAACCUAUGAUCUGUGUUUCAUUACUAAGUUUGAUGCAACUUUAUUACCACACAACCAAUAAUUACAAGUCCACCUUGUAUUCCGAUUUAGUGUUUCAACCUUUCAGACAGCAACAAAGGACCAACUCUGAUUAUGUGUGUUGCACAGAAAAAUGUCAUUAACUUUUCUAUUCUUUUCAAUACAGGUUUUCAAUUCAGUGUU